GUGUAUAUAUGUUAAUGUCAAUAUUGUAGAUGACGUUUUUCUUUCUUAGAUUUUUUGCAAAGAUAGUCUAUCAAUUAUGCCACUUUUUUCUUCAACUCGUCUAAGUGGAGGUAUGUGUCUUUACUCUAUUUAGUGGACCAAUGAAUCCCUAGAAAAAGGGCAUUUGAUAUUGCUGCUUAACAUUACCCAUUCAUAUUCGUAACAUUCGUCUGCCCAAUUGUAUCCGUAAGAACACGUUUCUUUUUUCAAGUUCAAAUUUGUGACAAAUUGCAUAAAUCUUUUUGAGAACUAAUUCUUUUUUCGUUUUUUUCUUUUGAUCUCUUAACCUUUUGUUUCCUAGUCAAAUAAAGUUUUUUUGGGUGCUUCUUUGUUUAUCCACGCCUCUCCAUUAUCAUUAGGGUAAUUAUAGUUACAACACAAAAAGGUUCUUGCUUUUUUGGAUUAGUAUUUAUCAGUUCCUGCCAAAUCUUGACUUUGGGAGUUUUAAGUCUUAAGAAUCUUGACUGUCUUGCUUUUUAAGUUUGGUAUGUUUUUGUCUUUUAGUCUUUAUUAUUCACAUGGUUAAGGUUUAAAGUUGCAAGUCUUGGAUUAAAAAGAGCCAUCUAUUGUGGAUUCUCGUUGACGCUUAUAAAGAUUGCUUUUCUUAGUUUAGGUUAAAAAGAAGAUAAAAGAUUACUUGCACUAUACGUAUUCUCUGUUUAUGUUCGGCUGAAACAGAAAAGAAAUGAGAUGCUUUCUGUUGAGAAACGGAUUCUGUGUGAUUUUUUGAGAAUAGACUAAAGAUGUUUCUCAUGUAAAACAUGAAUUUUGUUCACUUCAAAUCUACAGAUUGCAAUCUCUCUACCGUUUCUGAAUAGAUUUGUUUCGAUCUGAAGGAGGGCGAAUUCAUCGCUCUUGGUUUGCCUUUUUUCGGUCUUGACGAUUUCUUCCAUAUAAGAAACUGAUUUCUGAUGCAAAAUUCUCCCAUGGAAUGAGUGAUCUGUUUCUUGAAUUUCUUGAUCUUCUAAUGAUAUGAAGAGGAGAGCGUCUGGUAAGUUUAAGGACUAAUGGAGACCGGUACAAGUGUUAGUAACAACAGCGGAAGCAUCAGAAACGAUAGCUAUGAAGCAAUCAAGAAUGGAUCAUGGUUUAAUCAGUUCCGCAAUGGUUGCAAUCCAUGGAUGGCUAGAUAUGUAUACGGUCUGAUAUUUCUCAUCGCGAAUCUACUAGCUUGGGCUGCUCGUGAUUAUGGUCGGGGGGCCUUAAGAAAAGUAACAAAAUUCAAGAACUGUAAAGGCGGAGAAAACUGUUUGGGGACCGACGGUGUCUUAAGAGUUAGCUUGGGAUGUUUUUUGUUCUACUUUGUUAUGUUUCUUUCAACGCUUGGCACGUCGAAAACGCAUUCAUCAAGAGAUAGAUGGCAUUCUGGAUGGUGGUUUGCUAAGCUUAUCCUGUGGCCUGCCUUAACCAUAAUCCCCUUCUUGCUUCCUUCUUCCAUUAUUCAUCUUUACGGAGAGAUUGCCCAUUUUGGUGCAGGGGUAUUUCUUCUAAUACAGCUAAUUAGUGUGAUCAGUUUCAUUCAAUGGCUUAACGAAUGCUAUCAGUCCCAAAAAGAUGCAGAAAGAUGCCGUGUCUAUGUGAUGUUACUAGCAACUACUUCAUACACAGUUUGCAUAGUAGGAGUGAUUUUGAUGUACAUUUGGUACGCGCCUGAUUCGUCAUGCCUUCUCAAUAUAUUCUUCAUAACAUGGACUUUGUUCCUUAUCCAACUCAUGACAAGCAUCGCUCUCCAUCCGAAAGUGAAUGCCGGAUACUUGACUCCAGCUCUUAUGGGACUCUAUGUUGUGUUUAUAUGCUGGUGUGCCAUUCGAAGUGAACCAGUGGGAGAAAGUUGCAAUAGAAAAGCAGCAGCUUCGAACAGAACGGACUGGCUUACCAUCAUUAGCUUUGUGGUUGCGCUACUCGCAAUGGUUAUUGCCACAUUUUCUACAGGAAUAGACUCCCAAUGUUUCCAAUUCAAGAAAGAUGAGAACGAUCAAGAAGAAGAAGAGGAAGAUGGUGUUCCUUAUGGAUAUGGAUUCUUCCAUUUUGUUUUUGCCACAGGAGCAAUGUACUUCGCUAUGCUACUCAUCGGUUGGAACACUCAUCACCCCAUGAAAAAGUGGACAAUUGACGUGGGAUGGACGAGUACUUGGGUUAGGGUUGUGAACGAGUGGCUUGCGGUUUGCGUAUACAUUUGGAUGUUGGUGGCUCCUCUCAUACUAAAGAGCAGAAGACAACCAACAAGUGGGACAUGAGAGGUAAGGAGGUUUUGGGAAACGACAAAGAACUUUGUCGUUUUGGAUCUCUUUUCUCCAUGGGAUAGAACUAAACCACCUUUUUCACCUACGACCAAGAUGGAAGUUGCGGUGGCAAAGCAAACAUGCUCUCAUGGGUUUGGUGGGAAGAUAGUUAUUAGACGAUUAGAUUGGGGAAUUGUUGGAAUUUGGAAAUCAAAUCUUUGUAAGUAGAUUGUUCUAGGAAGGUGGAUACAAAAAUAGUUAUGAUUAUUAUUUCAUCAUCUCAUUUGUGACU